CGACCUCCUGCCGCCAUGGAGUGAGUAGGGCUGCGCAAGAGCAGGCUGAGGGAGAGGCUCCUUCAAAGAUGGUUCGGCUGCCAUUGAGACCUGGAGCUCUAAUGCCACAAUGAGGACUUACACACGGGGGGCUCCUAGUGUGUUUUUCAUACAUAUGGUUUGCUUCGCACUAGUCUACAGCACUGACGACAAUCCAAGUACCGUGGUUCCUUUCAUCAAUGCCAGCUACGAUAGUUACCCAAUGCUCUACUUUUCCAGAGAAGAGAUGCAGGAUUUGCAAUUGAAGGCAGCCACUACACACCAACACAUUGCAGCUCGGUUGAUUGAAGCUGUACAGAUCAUGCUAUCAAAUCCUUUGGAGUACCUUCCUCCCUGGGACCCCAAGGACUUCAGUGCUCGGUGGAAUGAAAUUUACGGCAACAAUUUGGGUGCCCUGGCGAUGUUCUGCAUCCUUUAUCCAGAGAACGUGGAAGCCAUCAACAUGGCCAAAGAUUACAUGGAAAGAAUGGCUGCUCAGCCUAGUUGGUUAGUAAAGGAUGCACCAUGGGACGAAGUCCCUCUUGCUCACUCUCUGGUUGGAUUUGCCACUGCUUAUGAUUUUUUGUACAACUAUCUUAGCAAGUCUCAGCAGGAAAAGUUUCUCGAAGUAAUUGCCAACGCCUCAGGAUAUAUGUAUGAAGCAUCGUAUAGGCGUGGAUGGGGUUUCCAAUACCUUCACAACCAUCAGCCUACCAACUGUGUGGCCUUGUUGGCAGGAAGCCUGGUUCUAAUGAAUCAAGGUUAUCUUCAGGAAGCAUACCUGUGGACUAAGCAAGUCCUAACAAUCAUGGAGAAGUCUAUAGUUCUGCUGCAAGAAGUUACAGAUGGAUCCUUGUAUGAAGGCGUAGCUUAUGGCACCUACACCACCAGAUCUCUUUUCCAGUACAUGUUCCUUGUCCAAAGGCACUUUGACAUUAACCACUUUAAACACCCUUGGCUUAAACAACAUUUUGCUUUUAUGUAUAGGACAGUUCUGCCAGGCAAGUAGCUCAAUUCAGUCUGUUUCAGAAUCAUUUUACUAAUAAAUCUAUUGACAAGGGCAGAAGUUGUGAGGUUGUACUUAUAGCAGGCUGUACCAA